CAAAAAUACCAUUGGGGCGCUGCUUGCUCCCACUCUCUGAACAAAGAAGAGAGGGGACUUGCAAUCGACUAGAAUGGCGUGCUUUAAUGCACCGGCUUCGUUAUCUCCUCUUCUCCCUUCUCUCCCCCACCACCUCCCUUCCUCAUCGUUACUCUUUACCCGUCGUCGCCUAUCUUCGACACCACCUCUCCCUUCAAGAUUUCAUCGCUCUUUCCCACUUAUAUCACCUUCUCUCCCACCAUUCUCAUCCCUACCUCAUUCAAUCCAACUCCUCUGCAGGGCCGCAGAAUACGCCGAGUACAAAUUCCCCGACCCGAUUCCCGAAUUCGCCGAAGCUGAGACGAGCAAGUUCAGGAUUCAUAUGUUGCAAAGGCUGACAAAGAAGAACGAAUAUUUUGGAGACCAUGUCGAAGAAAUCGUCGGCAUCUGCACUGAGAUCUUGAGCAACUUCUUGCACACAGAGUAUGGUGGCCCAGGGACUCUCUUGGUAAUACCCUUCAUUGACAUGGCUGAUACGAUUAGAGAAAAAGGACUUCCGGGGGCACCACAAGCUGCCCGUGCUGCGGUAGUCUGGGCCCAAAAGCAUAUUGACAAUGACUGGAAGGAGUGGACUAGAGAUAGUGACUCAGACUAAACCCUACUCAAUACUAGGUUUUGACAUCUUGGGAACUUGGGCUAUAGAGAAGGUUAACGUGAACCCCAUAAGGCUUUCAUUGCAAUGAAUCAAAUAUGUAAACUAGAUAGCAUUACCAUGAUGAAGCAGAUGUGUAACUGGAUUUGUUAUAUAAAGAAGAAGACUCCCUGUUCUUCUGUUGUCA